UUUUUUUUUAAACACUUGAACUCUUGAAACAAAGCGAAACUUUGACAGUUCCAAAAAGACACCAAAAGCAGGCGGCGGCAAUAGCGACAUACGUGCAUUCGUAAAGAGUUAAACACCUUCAACUCUGGCAGUUGCUGGUUGAUCGAAGAGAGAUCUGACGUAAGGGAUUGCGCUGAAGACACAACGCCAACACUUUGGACAGGGUAGGUAUCCUUUAACUGUAUGAAGGUGAGAAGGAAUGGGGCGUAAACUGGAUCUCUCUGGUCUGACGGAUGACGAGGCUGACCAUGUACUUCAGGUAGUGCAACGGGACAUGCAGCUGCGAAGGACAGAGGAGGCACGGCUCAGUGAGAUGAAGCAGACACUGGUUGAGGAGGGCAGUCGAUGUGAUUUGCUGUCGCGGCAGCACAGGUUUAAUGAGCGCUGCUGCAUCCGUUGCUGUUCUCCAUUCACCUUCCUGCUCAACCCCAAACGCUUCUGUCUGGACUGUUGCCACAACGUCUGCAAACGCUGCUCUACCUACAGUAAGAAGGACAAAGGCUGGCUGUGCUCAGCCUGCCAGAAGAGCAGGCUGCUGAAAACCCAGUCACUGGAAUGGUUCUACAAUAAUGUGAGAAGGCGCUUUAAAAGGUUUGGCAGUGCCAAAGUGUUAAAGAACCUCUACAGGAGGCAUGCAUCAGAGCGUGGAGUGCUAGCAGAGCUUACAGAGGGAAGCACUUAUGAGGAGAGCAUCUGCAAUGAAGGCAGUGUAUGUGAGAGCGAUUCUACAUUCUACAGGCAAAGUGAAGAGCACAGCAUGGCUGAAACUAUCAGUGUGGCACUGCGGGUGGCAGAAGAGGCCAUAGAUGAGGCCAUUGCUAAGGCUGAGAGCCAGGCUGACAGUGAAGAAAGGCGGAAUGAAGCUCAUUAUCUGCGAGAGAACAGAGGAGAGCUGAUAGAGGAACUGGCCACAACUAUAGUACAAAAAAUUGUCUGGCGGAGGAAGGAUCUGUCUGAGAUGCAGUCUGGGUGUAAUCUGGACAUUUCGCCUGGCCAGAACACUGAAAUGAACUCUCCUGUUCAAAAUCAGAGUGCCUUCAAUGCUUCACUUUGGCGAUCACAAUCAGCUUUUUGUCUUGAUGAGAGAGUGGACCAGCAUGUCACCAAUGGCUCAAGGCCCUCAGCCUCUAUUGGACAUGCUCUGGAAAUGAAGAAAGGCGGAGGAGUGCCUGUCCAGGCCUUGCCUAGAUGGAGGAGUGUUGACCGAAUGGACAAUUUGAUACAGAGCACUGACUGGAACUGGAUUGCUAAUCAGAACACCCUGCAGUCUCGGCCAAGUCUUCAAACCAAGAGUAAGAGCCUGGUUCACAGUGUCUUAGAAAAGGAGUCUGGUGUUGUGUCUGCUUAUGACGAGAUGGGCUCUGAAACCCAGGCUGAUGGUGAUGGGGUCUGGGGUGCUGCUCUGCUAGAACUUCAUCGUAAAAUGUCUGCCAACAAGAAAUCAAUUUUCCCUGAGUCUUAUAGCCGUCAAUCAACUUUGCCUUUGGAUGCUCAAACCCAACAGCUCAUUGCAGACACCUUUAACGCUGAUACUGAUAACUUCCCUGCCCAAUCUGGCCAGGACAGACCACUGCUCAAGUCCCACAAAGUUCUGCUGCCCUUCCUGAAGAGAAAAGUGGCUCCAGAACACAGACGCCCAUCAUACGCACGCCGCCCAAGUGUCAUGGAUAGUAAUUUCAACCCAGGGACUGAGAGCAGUGAGGAUGGCCUAGUGGACAGUAGGAUCAAGAGGUCACGCCGAAGAAGGAAAAAUAAGAGAGAGGAGGCAGAGUGGAAAGGGCAGUCAUUAUUGUCUACAUCUGUACCAGAUUGUAGUAGCCAGCUCUCGAACUCUCUGGUGAAUAGAUGGAAUGUGAAACAAGACUCAGCCUUGCGUGAAAAAAGUCUAAGUGAUCAUUCUCUGGAAGUUGACACUUCAGACACUGCAACCCCUGACAUCUUGAGCUCUGGAGCUGUGACCCCUGACCCAUUCGGAGCUGAUCUCAAAGCUCCCAGCAAUGCAAAUCAUGGGGUCAUUGGUGUUGUUGGCUCUUUAGAUCAGGAGUUGACUUAUAAACUGAGAGAGCUAACCAGUCAAGUCAGAGAAACACAACUUUCCUCCACUGAGGAUGAGUUGGACAGGUUGGAGUAUCCAGAAGAUUCAACAAAAGCAGAAGUGAUAGAUAAGGUUAUUGAGUUUUAUGCAGGAGAAAGAUCAGAUGAAAUUGAAGCCACAAAUCUCCAAAGGAGAACAGAGAAGCUGAAGGAAAAUACACUAGCUUACAAACUCAGAGAGCUAACCAGUCAAGUCUGCGAGACACAACUUUCCUCCACUGAAGAUGAAUUGGACAGGUUAGAGUAUGAAACUGAAGCUACAAAUCAACCGUUGAAAACUGAUAUUCUGGAGGUCAAUGAAGGAUGGACAGAUAGAGACAAAAUAAUACAAGAUGAAGAGAAAAUCAAAUAUCAUGUAGAGAUGACAGUUGAAAAAGCAGAAGAAGAGAGAUCAGAGAAAAGACAUAAGGACAGUGUGCCAGAGCAGGAAAACAGUGAGCAAAAUUAUACUAAUGGCAAGACACAAAUGUCAGAAGAAAUGAGCACUGGGAGCCAAACACAAAGACUUGCUGAGACAGAUCCACAAAAUGAGAUGUUUGAAAAGAGAAAGAGAGAAGUCCAGACUGAAGAAGAAAAGGCAAAAAUGAAAGAUUUUGGAAUCUCAGUUGAAGCUGAGCAGAGCAGAGCUGACAAUAUAGAGACAGUCAACUUAUCCAGUGAAUUUAGAUUUAUUAGUGAAGAUGGAAAGGUGGAAUUUAAUAGAAUAAUUGAUACUGUAGUGAAGGCUUUGGAUAACAUGGAAGAGAAGAUAGAAGCUUUUACUAGUGAGGGGGUAUUUUUAACCACAGAGGAGAAUGAGGGAGAGAAACUAGAGAGAUUAGAGGCAGAGGAGGAAAGCGUAAUCGAGAAAGACUGUGUAAAACAGGAGAUGGAAGACAGCAUAGAAUCAGAGCUGACUUUUGUUGGUUGUGGAUUGAAGGAAGUUAAGGAAAAAGAAAUGAAUGAGGACAAGAUCAACAAAGCUGUUGCCCUAGAAAGACACAAAGAAAAUACAGAGGGGACAGAAGACAAGGAAUGCAAGACUAUUUUCAAAGUAUCCGAAGAGAGAGUUCUGGAAAAGGUUGUCAACAGUCAAAGUGCCAAGAAAAGAGAGGAACUGAGAGACAAAGAUCUCACAACCCUGAACUCUCUUCAGCAUAGCACCCCAUCUGGUCAGGAGGAGUAUUUGUCACCAGAGGAGAUCUACAAGGAUGCACACAAACUGGACUUGAGGAAAAACCUACAAUUGAGCUCCAAUAUACUACAGCAGAGGUACUCUGCUGCAUCACUGCGCAGCAUCACCACAGAGGUGCUGAAAGUACUGAACGCCACAGAAGAUCUGAUUCACGGAUCAAUGGGAGACGGGACAAGCGAGCCAAACCACAGUGACCUCUCAACCAUUCCCCCAGUCGAGGCCAGGAGACUGGACGAACAGCUCAGCAGACUGGAGGAGAAUGUGUAUGUGGCAGCAGGUACAGUGUACGGGCUUGAGGCAGAACUGAGAGAUCUAGAGGAGUGUGCACGCAGCAUCUGUGGAUCCACUUCUGAAAGAGAGCUUGCUCACCUGGAGGACCAGGUGGCCUCUGCAGCAGCCCAGGUGCAGCAAUCUGAGCUUCAGGUUUUCGAUAUUGCAUCCAGAAUUGCUGCUCUGAAAAACGCAGGCCUAAAUGUAGCUCCACAGACCCAAUUUACCAAGGUCAAGAAUUCAAAAUCUAAGACACAAACCAUUGGCUCAUCCCGGAAACUGAGGAGGCGACUGCCAGCACCCCCAACACAAGAUAAAGAAGCCUAAAGAGGUUUGUGGGAGACAUCAGGAACUGUCAGGAAUCAAAUGACUAUGCUCAGCAAAGCCCAUGUUCACCUGUGCCUUGAAGCUGUAUGUCAUAGAAUAUGUUAAAUUAUAUUAAGAUCUGGUUGGAUAGAUUACAAAGACUGAAGUAUCGUUGAUGCAGUGAUUCCAUCUUACAUUUACAAGGCAUAAUGAUCACAAAGAUCACAUUCAGGAUCAGGAACAUGCUGCUUUAUUACCUCAAUCAUGGCCUGUACUAUUGUCAGAAUAAUUUAGAAAUAGUUAUCAAAAUUAUUCAUGCAAUAUAUAAGAUAAUAAUGUGGAAGUCAUCAUUUACUGUUAAUUUAACUAGUAAUUUAAUUAAGCCUUUAAAGAAAUUCCAGAAAGUAAUUUAUUGCACAGCUGACUAACAUUUCGAAUUUUAGUGCAGAUUUUAUUAUCCUGACCAAGCCUCAGCUAUAUAUAUACAUAUAUAUCAAAAUCGCAAACAUCUAACCUUUUAUAUUUGCAUAAAAAAUCAUGUAAAUUCUGUUAUGUGUUAUUGUAGAUUUGUUACAAGAUGGAUUCACAAGCUAUUGUAAAGAUAUUGAUUUAUUAUAUAUUUGUAAAUGACCUGUGUAAAUGAAUAAAUGUU